CACCGAGAAGCACAGGGUGAACCCACAAACGCAGCUCACACAGCCACGUCAGGACUCGGGAUGGACCAGGAGGCAGCAAGAUGAGGACGGUGUCAGAGAGUGAAGGCAUCAGACAGGUUUGCUGGGGAGCGAGGGGUGGAGGAGAAACACAGAGGCACGCACAGGUGAUGAAGAUGAGUGACUGAGCGGCCACUUCCCAUCUGUCAGAGAAGUUUGAAGGAGUGCUGCUCUCAUGGCGGGACCGACUGCACCGCAGGAGCCUGUGAAGACCCAGCAGAAGUGCAUUGCCAUCUUUGCCCUUUUCUCCUGCUUAGCUGUACUGGUGGCAUUGAUCUGCUCCUCCAUGGACUUCUGGUGGGACGAUGAGGACGGUAUCACAGAGGAAAACUGCAGCAGGAACUGUCGCGUCGCGCUCGUGGAGAACAUUCCAGACGACCUCUCUCUCCCUGGGCAUGACCGACCUCGCCUCGCUCUCUCUGUUGGCUUUCACACACUGUUGGAGCGGGCAAAGCACUCAGUCGAGGUGGUGUCACCUGUCUGGGACUUGGAAACAACGCCAAGCGCCGCCAAACAGGGUCAGCUCUUGUUCCAGCAACUGCUCAGCCUGAAAUCUCGUGGGAUUAAACUAAAGAUUGCCAGCAGCCUGACUAACUCUGCUGAACUGAAGACCUUGACAGCACAUGGUGCAGAGGUUCACUUUAUUAAUAUGACAGCUAUUGCCCGAGGAGGACUCCACUCGUCAUUCAUGAUUGUGGAUCGGAAGCACAUUUACAUGGGGAGCGCUCAUAUGGACUGGAGGUCGCUCUCCAAGAGGAAGGAACUGGGGUUGGUGGUGUAUAACUGCAGCUGUCUGGCUUUGGACCUCCACCGAGUCUUUUCAUUUUACUGGCAGCUCCAUGACAGAGACUACAUCCCCUCCAUCUGGUCAAAGAGAGUUACCGCCCUCUAUGGGAGACACGACCCCCUGGAGCUGCAGUUCAAUGCAACCCACGCCACGGCCUACGUGUCUACCUCGCCUGAACUCUUCUGCCCGAAAGAUCGCACUAGAGAUAUUGAUGCAAUUUAUCAAGUCGUCCAGAGUGCAAAGGCAUUCAUCUUCAUAUCUGUGACAGACUACCUUCCCCUGGUGAACAGGAGUUUCCGAGGAACAUCAGUCACAAGGUACUGGUCACCUCUCGAUGAGGUCAUCAGAGAGGCCGUGGUGCUGAGGCGAGUCAGAGUCUGUCUGCUGAUCAGCCUCUGGAAGAAGACUAACCCCCUCACCUUUAACUUUGUCACCUCCCUCAAGUCCCUCUGCAUGCACCUGCGCAACUGUUCCCUGGAGGUGAAGUUCUUUACUCACAGAGAGCAAAAGGAUGAUCUUCAACUUGGACUCAACCACAACAAGUACAUGGUGACCGACAAUGCUGUCUACAUAGGGAACCAUGACUGGGUCGGUACUGACUUUGCCUUUAAUGCCGGGGUUGGACUGGUGGUCCAGGUGAAAAACAGUCCCGUGAACAGGGAAGUGACAAUCCUGGAUCACGUCAGAGCUGCUUUUGAAAGAGACUGGACGUCGCGUCACGCCAAGAGCCUACAGGGAGGCAAAGAUCAGCAGGGCAAAUACAGAGGCUGGCAACAAGAGGAAUCACAUAAGAAGGAGAAUGAGUGGAAGAGCCCUUUAUCUUUAUAAGCACAAACUGUCCUUAAAAGUUCUAAAGCCUUAUAAGCCUGAAUAACUUAAACAAGAUCGUAUAAACAUGUACGUUAUAAGAAUGUAUCCUCAGACUAGAUCAGAUUUGACUUUGAUUUAAUAGAUUUAGUUUUACAUCAUCAACGUUGAACUGAUACUUUGACUCAGUUGCAAUUAAGACAAAACAGUAAAGGAGACAAAAUUUCAUUUCCAGACCAGAAAUCUGAACACUGGAUGAAGUCAGCUUCAAAGUACAAUGUCGCUUUUCAAAACAAAGUCACGGCAGUUUGAUGCAGCCGUGCUGUGAUGACUCCGCCCACGCUGAGGAGGCACUAUAUUGUAAUGGAAAACCAACCAAACUCUGUAGAGUCGAGCGAGGCGGUACUAUGUAGUGGAAAAGCCCCACAAGUCUCGUUUUGUUGACAUUAAAAGUCAACUGUUUUACUGGAGGGUUAAAGAUAAAUGCUUUACUGCUCUAUAAGUCAAAGAAAUCACUGUCAGUAGGCACUAACAACAUGAAAUAUUAUAUAACUCAGGUGAUGUAAAAACAAACCUUUCCAUAAAAAACCCUCCAGAAUGAAGACUGAAAACUCAAGUUAUUUUAGUUGAAUGUAAGAGCUGAUCAAGUGGAUUGUUCAAGCUCAUCUUUAGGAAACUGAACCAAAUACAAAUAAUGAAUCAACAAUUAAAAAUUACAUAUUUUAAGAAAUAUAAAUUCUAUAUGCUUUUAUUGUUAACCAUUCUUUAUCAUUAAUUAAACAGUUAAUUAAUUAAUUUAUUUAUUUUAUUUACCUGUAGUGUCUUGCCCAAAUUACCUGUUGACUGUUACGAGAGCAUGUACUGUUGCAUGAAUAUUGAAAGCAAUAUUCAAAUACAAAACUAUAUACUAAGACAAAACCGUAUAAUAUCAUAUCUAUGUUUAAAAAAAAUAUAGGAACAUCACCAAAAAAAAGCAAUCACAUUCAGCAUUUAAUGAUGAUGCACUGUUUUCAUUUACACUUUCAAUUUGUAUUUCAUAAACUUUGUAAUGCACAUACAGCAUGGGGGCUUGAUGUGAGAGUAAACUGCCUACCAAUCAUUGAAUGUUCUUGAAUGACAAGCACACACACACACGAGUGUGCAGUACUGUAGCUUUACAGUUAUCACCUCAUCUCAUUCAAAGUAUUUCAUCUGUCUUUAUAAAAAUGCACCUUUCUGCCUAACUGAUGUUGUGUUUAUUUCCAUAUUCAAGCAGUGGCAGAGUUGUGCAUGUAAAGUCCAACAA